CUGGACUCCUUUCUUGUGGUCGGAUUACUUCUCUGCAGUCAGGGUCUUGCAUGUGUUGGCGUCUUUGCAUCCGAGUGCAUGACUGUGAAUGUGUGUGUGUGUGUGUGUGUGUGUGUGAUUAGAAGUGUUUUGUAGACAUGGAAACACACUUUGCCGUGAGCUCUCUUCUCCCGCUGCUCUUUUUUCUGCAUCCCCACCGCCACCUCCUCCUCGCCGGCGCCGCCAUGGACUCGUGCGUGGACGAGGACGGCGCGCCGAGCCGCUGCCUGCCCAGGUUCGAGAACGUGGCCUUCAAUCGCACCGCGGUGGCGUCCAACGCGUGCGGCUCCCCGCCCGAAGACUACUGCAUGCAGACCGGCUCCACGCGCUCCUGCCACCACUGUGACGCGUCGGCGCCGCACCUGAGCCACGGCGCCGGCCUCCUGACGGACUUCCACAGGAACGAGGAGCCCACGUGGUGGCAGAGCCAGUCCAUGUACUACGGCGUCCAGCACCCCGGAUCUGUCAACCUCACCCUCCACCUGGGGAAGGCCUUCGAGAUAACCUACAUACGGUUGAAAUUCUACACCAGUCGGCCGGAGAGCUUCGCCAUCUACAAGCGCACGGAGGAAGGCGGGCCGUGGACGCCGUACCAGUUCUACAGCGCCUCCUGCGCGAAGACGUACGGGAAGGACGCCAAGGCGUACAUCCGGCCGGGAGACGACGAGAGGACGGCGUCGUGCACCGACGAGUUCAGCGACAUCUCCCCCCUCACCGGGGGGAACGUGGCGUUCUCCACCCUGGAGGGACGGCCCAGUGCCUACAACUUCGACCAGAGCGCGGUGCUGAAGGAAUGGGUGACGGCCACUGACCUGCUCAUCUCCUUGGACCGGCUCAACACCUUCGGAGACGAGUUCUUCAAGGACGCCAAAGUGCUGCGCUCGUACUUCUACGCCAUCUCCGAUUUUUCCGUUGGAGGCCGGUGUAAGUGUAACGGCCACGCCAGCGAGUGCGUGGAGACGGGCCUCAGCCGCCGCCUGGUGUGUUCCUGCCAGCAUCACACGGCGGGGGACGACUGCCAGAGGUGUCACCCGUCCUACCGGGACCGGCCCUGGGCUCGGGCCACCGGGGACUCGGCCAACGAGUGUCUGAGGUGCAACUGCAGCGGGAGGUCGGACCAGUGCGAGUUCGACACGGAGCAGUACCGCAGCACGGGCAACGGGGGGCGCUGCGUGAGCUGCAGCGACAACACCGACGGGCCCCACUGCGAGCGCUGCAGGGAGAACUACUACCGGGGGCCUGCGGCGGGGGGGCCCUGCCUACCGUGCAACUGCAACAGCAACGGUUCAGUGAGUCUGCAGUGCGACGCAGACGGGAGGUGCCCGUGUCGCGUCGGCGUGACGGGGGAGACGUGCGACGCGUGUCGGCCCGGCUUCCACUCGCUCGGCCACGGCGGCUGCAGGCCGUGUGAGUGCGACACCGGCGGGAGCGUGGACGCCUGCUCUCCUCUGGACGGCCGCUGCCGCUGCAAGCCCAACGUGGAGGGCCAGAGCUGUGACAGAUGCGUGCCAGGUUUUUUCGACCUGCAACAAGUGAACCCGGCCGGGUGCCAGGCGUGUUUCUGCUCCGGCCACUCGCCGGCGUGCUCCUCGUCCCACCGCCACGCCGCCGCCAGCAUCACCUCCGACUUCAUCGAAGAUCAGGACGGCUGGGUGGGAGAGUUCUCCGGAGGGAUGGAGUACGCCCUGCUGUGGAAGGAAGGAGAAGUCUUCCUCCUUCCUCUCACCGAGGAAGACAUCGGCUUCUACAAAGCACCCGAGAAGUUCCUGGGUCACCAGGUCCUCAGCUACGGCCAGCUCCUCUCCAUCACCUUCACCUCGGAGACCGUCGAGCUGCUCCCGGACCACGUGGCCCUGCUCCUCCGGGGCUCCUCCGGGGCCGCCCUGUCGGCCGACCUUUCACCCCAACCGGCGCUCCGCCGCGACCUCGCGCUGCGGCGCUCCUUCGUCGUCAGGCUCCAUGAAAACGAGGAGAGAUUCAAACCUCCGUCGUCCUCCUUUGAGUUCCAACGAGUCCUCUACAACCUGACGGCUCUCAGAAUCAGCAACGCCGGAGGACCGAACUACACGUCGGCGCUGGCCGAGGUGACCCUGACGUCGGCGUCCCUCUCCUCCGGCCUGGCCGCCCCCCCCGCCCCGUGGGUGGAGUCCUGUUCCUGUCCGCCGGGGUUCGCCGGCCAGUUCUGUGAGCGCUGUGCUCCCGGGUUCACCCGGGAAGACCCCGGCGCGGGGGCGCUCUCGCCGUGUGUGCCGUGCAACUGCAACCGGCAUGGAAGCUGUCAUCCAGAGACAGGUGCGUGCGAGUGCUCCGGCUUCACCGCCGGGACGACCUGCGAGCGCUGCCUGGACGGUUACUACGGCAACGCUUUGAUCGGCACGCCCGAUGACUGCCGGCCGUGCCCUUGCCCGGACCGCACCGGCUGUGCCGAAAUCGCGGCGACGGGACAGGUGGUCUGUACCAACUGCCCCGCGGGACAGACAGGGAUGCGCUGUCAGAUGUGUGAAGACGGUUACCACGGCGACCCCCUGGGACAAUCCGGUGAGGCUCAGCGGUGCGUGAGAUGCGACUGCCACGGCAACGUGGACGUCAACGCCCUGGGAACAUGCGACCGCACGACCGGCCGAUGUCUGAAAUGUCUGCGGCACACGGAGGGCGACCGGUGCGAGCGCUGCCGGCGCGGUUACUACGGCGACGCUCUGAACCAGACCGCCGGCCAGAAGUGCAAACCGUGCGGCUGCCAUCCUGGAGGAACCUCUGGCCCCCCACAUGAGUGCCACCCUCACACCGGGGGGUGCCGGUGCCUCGGUCAUGUGACCCGACGGGAUUGCAGCUACUGUGACAUCGGCUUCUUCAACCUGCAGCCGGGCGUCGGGUGCGAGAGGUGCCAGUGUAACCCAAUCGGCUCGUCGUCCGUCGCGUGUCAUCCAAUCACAGGCCAGUGUGUGUGCCGCCCCGGCGUGGAGGGCACGCUGUGCGGCGCCUGCCGCGCCGGCUUCUUUGGAUUCUCGUCACGAGGUUGCCGAGCCUGUAACUGUGACCCAAUGGGCUCCACUGCCAUGCAGUGUCACGGUAACGGUACCUGCCACUGCCGCCGCGGCUUCGUGGGUUACAAGUGUGACCAGUGUGAGACCAACUACUUCCACAGCAGGGACACGCACCAGUGUGAGGAGUGCCCCGCCUGCUACGGCCUCGUCAAGAAACAGGCGGAAGAGACGAAGGCUCGCCUGCAGCAUCUGGAGAAGCUGCUGGCUCACUUUGAUUGCCGGGGUAGAUUUGGGAAGCAGCAGCAGCAGCGUCACAUGACCAGGAUGUACGAGCACGAGCACCAGAGGGAGGACGCUCUACCCAACGCUCUGGAGGACUUUCUGGCCUUCCAAGAAGCUCGGGAGGCCUUCAUAAAACAAUUCUCCUCGCUGGAGGCGUCCGCCGGCACGCUCUUGGCCCAGCUGCACGGCAUCACAUCCACCUUGAACUGCAGCACGACGGAGGAGGAGGAGGAAGAGGAGGGGAGGAAGGAUGGAGGAAGCAAGCAGGCCGUGUGUCGAACCUUCACGGAAACGAUGUCCGCGGUCGCAGCGUCUCACAAGCGGCUGAAGCAGGCCGCGCUGGACCUGGACAGCGUGGUCAUUCCCUUUGAGGCGCCGUCAGAGCCCAACCAGUGGAACAUGUUGGUCAACGACUCACAGGCCCUCAUGAGAAGUCACAGAGAAACAGCGGACCACAUCGAGGCCAUCGCCAGCAGGGCGGCGGCGGCCUCGGAGCGGACCUGGGCUCUCCUGACGGAUCUGCUGCAGGACAACUCCACCGAGGAGUACAUCAGGAAGCUAACGGAACAAAUAACACAGAUGCAGCAGCGGAAGGAGAACCUGACGGCGCAGGUGGACGACACCGCGGCCCACCAGCUGGCCCUGGAGGAGGAAGCUGCCGGCGUGAAGCUCGCCCUGGGAAACAUCACGUCCUCCCUCCGCCAGCUGGCCCCGGCCGCCGGCGACCCGUCUCCACCGCGGCUCAACCAAACGCAGACGAGCGGCCAGACAGCAGAGUGGGGCGAGGACCUGCUAAAACAAAAAGAAGAACUGGAGCAGCAGAUCCGGACCAAAGACGAGCUCAUUAGUAAGAUCGGAGAGGAGGUGGAGCCUCUGAAACAGACGGCCAGGGACAAACUGGAGGUGGUGGGUGACAUCAGUGAGCUGCAAGCUCGCGCUCAGGGGUCAAAGGUCACGGCUCUGUCGUCCGUGGUGGCGGGGAAAGAGGUGGAGUCUGACGCCAUCGUCCUGCACAGAGGACUAGAGCACAUGGCGCGGGAGUGGCCCCGUCGGCAGGCCCAGACCAAGACCGCCCUGAAGAAGGAGCGGCCGCUGCAGGAUAAGGUUCUGGCCGACGUUCGGAAAAAGCUCUCGCAAAUCGAGAAGACGCUCAACCCGGCGCUGGAAAACCUGAACCUCUCCAGCGACACCACGAAGGAGGCGGAGCAGACGGCGCACGCUGUGGCUAAGGAGUCCAAAGCCAUUCUGAUCCAGGCCAAGCACACCAGGACUGCAUCGGCUCACCUGAGCUCCCACAUAGACGCUGCUUUACAGCAGCUGGCCGAGCAGGAGAUGAGCACAGACACAAUCAGCUCCCAGAUCAGCCCACAGCCCGAGGUGUCCCUGACCGGCGUCAUGGAGGACAUGGAAGCAGCCACGCUCCAGUUGGAGGCCUAUUCCAAUACACUAACCCAGCUAAUCAGCAAGAUUGAUGGAAACGUGCCGCUGGAGCGCUUCGACCGGAUCUUGGAUGAGACGGCGCGCCGCCUGAGCACGAUUCGCGGGAGCGUCGAGAGCCCGACGCUGGGCUCGAAGAUCCAGAAGCUGAAGUCGGCCGCCGAGGAGCAGCACAGCAGGAUGUCCUUCAUCGAACAGGACUUACAGGAGAUCCGGGAGGAGAGAGACAGUCUCAGGGACAUUGCUUUAAACCUGCCGCCGUCGUGCCCCCAGGCCACCUGAGCAGGUAACGGCUAGAUGCUGCACAUGAGACGCAUCGGGUUAUGAUUAGAGGAUUUUGUUCAGAAAAAAAAGGUGUUUUUUUUCUCAUUAAUAUUCUGCUUUUUCUUUUGGAUUUUUUUGCCCCAAGGUUUAUUUUAUUUCACCACAAAUUUUAUUAAUAAAAGGUGUCUAUAUGGUCGUUUUUUAUUUUUCUAACCUGCUACAAAAAAAUUAUGUUACAACGUUAAAUUCUUCCCUUUUUUUAGAACUCUCGCCCCGAGAUACAUUUUAUUUCACCACCUUGAUACACGCUCUCACCAUGAAGCCGUGGACUUCGCCACACGCCUCCCACGAUUCACACCUCAUCUAUCUUUUUUCUCUCUCCUUAAUUUCUUUCUCCCACUCAACAACAUCAGAACUUUAAUUACCCCAUGAAUAACUAAACUGCCCGUUCUGAACCGCUGGAGUGCCCCGUCAAGUUUUUAAAUAAUCCAGAUUUUUUUUGUGUUCCUCUCCGGGGGUAAAAGGUGCGUCUGAGUGCUCCUCCACUCUGACACAUUCAUUUACACUUGAGCUCUAUUUCAUCAGCUUGGUUUAAUUAACAAUUAGUCCCCGGCGGCCUCAGCGGAGUUCGGGUCGGGCUUCAAGAGCUCACAGCGCCUUCCUCUCCGUAACGCAGUGGUGACGAUCCAAUGGUCAAUGUUCCCGUUCUCGGGGUCGCGGUCACAUGUCCCACUGUGUCUCUGCAAGAAACCGCCGUGACGGUUAAGCAAAGCGAUGCAAGAUGCAACAUAUUUCUGUUUUUUAUCGCGUUAAAUAACAGAUUUAGACAAACACUCUCAUGCAACCAGCUCCGGUGGGACAUCUACAUCUCCUUAUACUAAUUGUUUUGAGUCCGCGUGGCCUUCACACUUGAAUCGGGCCAUUUUUCACACUCAAAUUAUUUUUACUGAACUUUAUUGUACAACGCUGCGAUGCACAAUGGAAAUAAAAGAGCUCAGAACUGAUUACGAGGUUGCGUUUGAAGGUGAUAUUGGUAAUAAUAAUAAAAUACAAUGGAUUAAAUGUUCAUCCCUGAAGCUCGAUAUUUAAAAACAUUUGGUGAGGAGCAUCAGCGUUUGAGUAACAGCUCAGAUAAAAUGUCCUUUCAGUACCAAACGGUUCAUUAUAUUUGUCCAUGCGUGUUAAAAUAGUGUCAGAUUACAAGAUCCUCACUGCGCUCAUGUUUGCGCGUUAAAUGUGACGAGAGCUCGCUACUCAACAUCUCACUUUAAUAAAGUGUAAAAUGUUUGGUGUAAAUCGGACCGGGCGGGGAAGAGGAGUUUAAAAAGAACAUUUAGUGAGGCGGGGCUUAGAGGUCUGAGAGGCUUUUCUCCAACCUCUAGGGGGCGCCAGAGAGACAUUGUGUUAUACACAAACAUGACGCCUGUAUCAGAGGUGCUAUUUUCGCCAAGCUUUACAAGUCUGCAACAUUUGGUGAUGUUUCUGGAUAACGGCAAAUGCCCCCGCCAAAAAAAUGUCAAAUAAAAAUCCAGGGAAUAAUAAUAAUAAUCCAGGGUCUAAUUAGUAAGUAAAUGUGCAUGGAAAAAAACAGUGUACUGCUUGAGUGCAAAAAAAGUAAAUUUAAGACAUCAAUAACAUCUCUUCAAUCAACUAGAACUCUCCCUCCCUCCCAUGUUCAUUUGCACAGAUACCCCCCCCCCCACCACACCCCCACACACACACAGGAAAACAGGGUCCACAAAAAUAAAUGGCCACCAGCAGACAAGUGAGAGCUGGAUCUGUGAUAAUAAGCCGAGAGCCAGACAGAAAUUGGCAGUGACCCUUAGAUGUUAUUUGGCUAUUCUGGUGGUGAAGAGGGGUGGGGGGGGGUUACCAGCUGCUCCUUGACACCCAUAGGAUGCAUCAACCUUCACAUUCCUGCUGGCAGUCAGACAGUCGGCUCUGGACGUCUUUCACGCGGCAACCAUGUGCCGAGGAUAGAUUACUAAGAACACAUCGAUGUCAAAUUAGACGUUUGAAGGAAAAAUAAAAAAUGAUAAAUCCACACGACGACAACAACAACAACAACACACGAAAAUAGCACAGAAGCCAAAAUACCUGACAGGCUCUGGAGCCGGCAGCUCGGGAGCAAAUCCUCCACAUCAAAGGUCGCUGCUGCUGCUGACCCCCCCCCCCCCCCCACUGCGCCCCUCGUCCCACCUCACAGUCGUCACAUGACUCACGGAGAGGAAACUGAAGAUGUGUUUGGACCUGAAAUGUCUUAUCCACCCAAAACCAGAACAUGGAUCCAUGUCAGGGGGAGAAAGUACAGAAGGGAACCAGGAGCUGCUCCACCUUCUGUGAUCUCCUCUGGUAUCGAGCUGUGUGUGUGUGUGUGUGUGUGUGUGUGUGUGUGUGUGUGUGUGUGUGUGUGUGUGUGUGUGUGUGUGUGUGUGUGUGUGUGUGUGUGUGUGUGUGUGUGUGUGUGUGUGUGUGUGUGUGUGUGUGUGUGUGUGUGUGUGUGUGUGUGUGUGUGUCAGCUUUAAGAUUAGAUUUUCAAAACAAAUCCAUUGCAACUAAAUAUCUCUUUUUUUCUCACUUAUGUUUUAUUAUAUUAUUUAAUGAAUACAAUGAGGCUCAUUUCCUACCUGCUGUCCUCAGACCUUUUUUUAACUCACAUAAUUGUCGUAUGAAUAUGACUGUGGCAUGUUUUUUUGUAUUAUUCUUGGCUAGAGCCCAAUUAUAAAAGGGCUCUCAUUGGCUGACGUGUUGUGUACCCUCUAAUUAUCAUCGUGGCUCCACGUCGCUGUUUGGCUCCGUGUUUUUUUGUUUUUUGUUUACACUUUAAAUGGAAUUCCUGUUCAUGGAUAUCAUGGAGUUCUUCUUCUAUGGUAAAGUAGUCAUGCACAUAUAAUUGUAUUUGGGAGAGAUUCAAGCAACUUGAAGUUUGGGAACUCUCAGAGUUAGUUUUUGUUACACUACAUGCUUUAUAAUACAUUUUAAUGUGCCCCAGAAACAUAACCACACCUGCUGGGGAGAAGCUGCGGGCUUAAUAACAACAUUCAUCAUGUGUGUGUUUAUGUAAAUAAGGACCGCGUGUCACAAUCACUGUGAGGGUUGAUUGUGAUUGAUGAUUGGAAACAGGUGUGUGUGUGUGUUUAUCUCCUUCAGGUGAGGGACAGGGCAGUCACAUUAUGACCUUCUGAUGAUCUCUGUGCUCUUGGAUAAGUUAUAUGUGUUUGUGUGUGGUUGUGUGUGUGUGCGCGUGACUGAAUUCAGGAACUUAAAUUACAGAUUAUUGUGGUUUUUUGUGUGUAAAUUCACAGCUGCGUAGGUCACCCCCGUGUUUGCCUGGGCAGAUGGUACGACCCGGUUUAGGUGAGGCUGUCAAGGUCACUGGUGUGUCAUUGAGGAGGCAGAGGAACGCUUGAAGGUGUGUGUGAUUAGUUUUUCUUUCACUUAUAAGUUUGUUUUUUGUUAAACUUCCUGGGGUUUGUUUCAGGCGCCUGGUUCUUUUUCAUUUAUAAUUUAAUAAAAAUCCAUUUUUUUUUUUUUUUGUGGCUAUGGUUUUUGCCUCCAGUUGUUUAUUUUUCAUCAUCCCUCUCUGUUUUCUGGUGCCACAUAACAACCUGCCACUUUUUUAAAAAAGUUAUUAUUUGCUGUGUCAUUGCUAUACCAAAAGAAUAGCUCGCCCAACAUGCAGUAUUCGGGGAAAUAUGUUUCUGUGAAUAAUGACAUAAACAGAAAAUAAAAAUAAAUAAAAUGUU